AUGACGAUCGCUCAGAAAUACUCCAUCAUCCUGCCAACCUACAACGAGAAAGACAAUUUGCCAUACGUCAUAUAUAUGAUUAUAAAGGAACUGAAAAAAAAAAACAUCAACUUUGAAAUAAUCGUAGUGGAUGACAACAGUGAAGACAAGACAGCUGACGUGUUCAAAAAAUUGCAAUCCAUAUUUGAAGAAGAAAAAUUAGUACUCAUAGAAAGGAAGAAAAAACUGGGGUUAGGUUCUGCUUACAUGGAUGCUCUAAAAAUCGUGUCAGGCAAUUUCGUAAUCAUUAUGGAUGCUGAUCUGUCACACCAUCCUAAGUACAUAUAUGACUUCAUAACGAAACAGAAAGAGACCAAUUGUGACAUCGUCACAGGGACUAGGUAUAAUAAACAAGGGGGAAUCUCAGGGUGGAGUUACAAAAGAGUUAUAAUUAGUCGAGUGGCGAAUUUCCUUUCGCAGUUUCUUUUAUUUACUAACUUAACCGAUUUGACUGGUUCGUUUAGGCUGUACAGAACAGACGUGCUUAAGGAAGUAAUCCAGUCGGUGCAGGAACGUGGCUAUGUAUUCCAAAUGGAGGUUAUCGUACGGGCCAAUAAGUUGGGCAAGAAAAUUGAGGAAGUUGGAUACCUCUUUGUUGACCGGAUGUUCGGUCAGUCCAAGCUAUCGUCGAAUGAGAUUUUUCAAUACCUUUUUGGCCUUUUGAGGCUCUUCUGGACCAUCUAG